AUGGCGACAUCAAGAAACUAUGAGUUUGGAAGGAUGAGUGAGGCUAGUCACCCAGACUCUAUCAGAGCCGCCAUGGCUGAACUCGUCUCCACUUGCCUCUUUGUCUUUGUUGGAGAAGGCUCAGUCCUUGCUUUGAACCAAAUUUACAAGGAACCAGGAUCAUCAGCUAGUGAGUUAGUGGUGAUUGCAGUGGCUCAUGCCUUUGCUCUAUUUGCUGCUAUUGCUGCCAGCGCACAUGUGUCUGGUGGACAUGUGAACCCUGCUGUCACUUUUGGUGCUCUUCUUGGUGGAAGGAUCUCUGUCCUUAAAGCCCUUUACUACUGGGUUGCUCAAAUCCUUGGUUCUGUUGUUGCUGCUCUCUUGUUGAGGCUUGUCACUAACAACAUGAGACCAGAAGGAUUCAGUGUAUCACCAGGGGUUGGAGCAUUUCACAGUCUUUUACUUGAAAUUGCGCUUACAUUUGGUCUGAUGUACACUGUCUAUGCCACUGCUAUUGAUCCUAAGAGGGGUGCCAUUGGCACAGUUGCAUCCUUAGCCAUUGGACUCGUUGUAGGGGCAAACAUCCUUGCUGGUGGGCCCUUUGAUGGAGCAUGCAUGAACCCUGCUCGGGCUUUUGGGCCUGCGUUGGUGGGCUGGAGGUGGAACUACCACUGGAUCUUCUGGGUGGGCCCAUUAAUUGGGGCAGCCCUAGCAGCAGUCCUGUAUGAAUAUAUUAUGGUCCCAAUUGAUCCUCCUCCUCACCAACCUUUGCCUGCUGAAGAUUACUAG